AUGAAAAGAAACAAGACUGAAAACUAAUUCACCAAAACAAAUUACAUACGACUCUUGAACCUUGACAAGAUCCACGCAUCAGCACCAACGACUCCAAGGAAAAUCAAAUUUAAGUCACUCCAGCCCAAACACCAAGAUGUUUAGAAUUAUCCCAUCUUGCUGAGUCAAUUAUUAUGCGAUAUCCCCUUCACUCACACCCAAGUAAUACAAAUCCCCACUCUUUCCACUUCCAAUAAUUAUUAUUGCAAAAGCACCACCAAAACCAAUACCCCUUCUGUCUCUCAGAAUACCUAAACCAAAAAAUUACAAUUAAAUCAUAAACCAUAAAGAUUUUUAGUCAAAUUGAAUAAAAAAAUCCCAAUAAUUCUCUCCAAAAAGUCCUAAAUCAUCGCGUCGUAAACCUAUCGUCCAAAUCAAACCACUACAAAGUUCCAUUCAUUAACUAUAGAUCCCAAAUUUCAACUCAUAAGUGACAUCACCGAUCUCAAAUCUGAAAAUCUCUCCAAAUAGCCACAAUCCUAGCAACCCUCCGCUCGUCAAUUUACUAGUUAAAAGCAACUCUCCAAAUAUAGAGAUUGCUCUGAAAUUGAUGAUUUCAAUAACAAACUCUAUGGAAGUAAGUAAAUAAGAGGACUCCUCAAUUUUCAAAAAUUCCCAUCUGAGAACAUCCCCUUAAAACACAAAUACAAAGCCAUAAGGGCCUCUUUGAUAUAAUAUUUGAGACAUUUGGAGAAACUCAAAUUAACAACCAAGGAGUUUUUAUCUCACUAAGUCUUCCCUUCUAAACCCUUUGAACAUUCAGCAUCCAAACACUUCUUUUAAUUGUGCAAAUAGGGUCAAAAUCAAGAGAUCAUUAAAUUACUUGAUGAUAACAAAUACUUGGUUUACGAAUAUGAUCAUUUGCUUAUGACUACUCUACAUUGGUGUGCAAUGAGAGGUUUGGAAUCUACUGCCAAGAUCUUAUUAAAAUAUGGAGCAGAUCCAGAUUCUCAAGACAUUGUAGGAAGGACUCCCUUGUAUCAAGCCUUGAUCCAUAAAUAGAAUAACAUUGCCUAUUUCUUGAUCCUUAACAAGGCUGACCCUUGGAACAAAAUGAAUCUCAAUUACGAGGAAUCUGUUGCUGAGAAUCCAGAAGGCAAAACCAUGUUGCAUCAAACUAGAAGGACUCACAUUUUACUUCGGAUGACUCCGGUUGAGCAACGGCAAUUCAUUUGGCAAAAGGAACAGCUGGAGAUGUACGAACCGAAGAAGAAGAAGCUUGCCUCUUCGCAAUGA